AUGGGUUUAACUAAUAUACUCGCAGCGUUUAUCGCUGUGUCCUCUCUUUUCGUCCAGUCACUCGCUUUCAACCCUAAUUCCAGAACCAACUUGGUUGUCUACUGGGGCCAAGGAUAUGCCCAGGAGCGUCUCAGUUAUUUCUGCCAAAAGACAAAUUUUGAUAUCAUUGUCUUAGGUUUUAUCAAUGUCUUUCCGGACCAGGGCCCUGGUGGAUGGCCAGGCAGUAAUUUUGGGAAUCAAUGCGCCGAUGAAAACUACUACACGCCGGAUGGGACGAAAACGGAGCUCCUGAGCGGCUGUAGACAGAUCGUCGAGGACAUUCCAAUUUGCAAAGCACUUGGAAAAACCAUCUUGCUCUCUCUGGGCGGGGAAGCUCGGGUCCCAGGUGCCUAUAAGAUCAAGAAUGCUAGAUCAGCGCUUGAUUUUGCGGACUGGCUUUGGCAUGCAUUUGGCCCACGAAAGCUUGACUGGACCGGUCCUCGCCCAUUUGGGGAUAACGUCGUGGAUGGGUUUGACUUUGACAUUGAAACGGGCGGCAGUUUCGGCUACUCGAUUAUGGUCAAACGCCUUCGACAGCGCUUUCUUGAGGAUCCGCUCAACAGAUAUUACAUCUCCGCUGCCCCUCAGUGCAUCCUGCCAGACGCGCAGCUCUCAGACGCCAUCGCCAACUCGGCGUUUGAUUUUGUCUUUGUCCAGUUCUACAACAAUCCGUCAUGCUCGGUUAAAAAAUGGCUGGCCGACCCCAAAUCGGUAACUUACACUGUGGCCGACUGGGCCAAAUCCAUCCUCCGGAGUGGGAAUCCAUCGGCUAAGCUUUUCAUUGGUCUCCCUGGAUCGGAGGAUUCGGCCAAGGGCUAUUAUAUCCCGCCUGUUGGUGCUUACAAGCUCAUCAACACAUUCAUGAAGCAGUAUCCCAAUACAAUCGGAGGAGUGAUGAUAUGGGAAGCCACAACAUCAGAGAACAAUCAGAUCAGUGGUAAAUCUUACGCAGACAUUAUGAAGGAAUUAUUGCUGGUCUGCGAUCCAAGCCCGCCAACCAGCACUAUUACAACCACGACUGCAACAACUUCCUCGAUGACCACUUCAUCGAUAAGCACGACUUCAGCAACAUCCUCAGAGGUGACCACAUCGUCUACCAUGUCGACAACGAAGGGCAGCUCUACUAUCACUACGGAAACCACGUCGUCUACGGAAUCAAAGACGCAAGAUACCACGACUACGGUGACUUCUGCUUCCAGCUCGGCAACUCAAAGCACCAAGACCACCGAGACCACGACUACUCAGACCUCUGAAUCUAAGACCGACUCGACUGAAUCUGCUUCCACUGGAACUGUCUCCACCGGAUCAGCUUCAGCGACUAUUCCUACUGGGUCUGUUUCAACCGGAACUACUUCUGCCACUUUGCCCAGCGAGACUUUGUCCAACACAGUCUCUGACUCUGCCACUGUUCCAACCGGGUCUGUCUCAACAGACACUACUUCGAAUGGAUCAGCGACUCAGACUCUGUCCAACACUGCUUCUAACUCUGCUACGGCUUCAAUUGAAACUUUGCCCACUCAGUCUCAAUCCGCUUCGGCUUCUGAUUCUUCAACGAUAGUGCCAACCGUGCCUUCUGACUCUGCUACCGUACCAACGGGAUCUGCUUCAACGGACACCACUUCAAGUGAAAUGCCUACUCAGACUCUGACCAACACUCCUUCUGGUUCUGCCACAGUUUCAACUGACACUGCCACAAAUAGCGUACCUAGCCAGACUCUGUCCAAUACGCCGUCCACCACUGUCCCAACUGGAUCUGCAUCAACUGACACUACCACGAACGGCUUACCGAGUCAGACUUUGUCCAAUACACCCUCUGACUCUGCCACUGUCCCAACUGGAUCUGCAUCAACUGACACCACAUCAAACGGCGUACCUAGCCAGACUCUGUCCAAUACACCCUCUAGCUCCGUCACUGUUCCAACCGGGUCUGCAUCAACGGAUACCACCUCGAACAAUUUGCCCAGUCAGACUCUGUCCAAUACGCCCUCCGCUACUGUCCCAACCGGGUCUGCAUCAACCGACACUGCCACGAACGGCUUACCGACUCAGACUUUGUCCAACUCAGAAUCCUCUGGAUCGUUGACGGUGCCGACGGGAAUGCCUUCUGGAUCCACAACAGGCCCAAGUGAAUCUGUGCCUACCGGCACUGAGCCUACGGAAUCCUUGCCUUCCAAUUCGGCGACCGUUCCAACCGGAUCUGCUUCUACUGAUACAUUGUCGAAUACCCGCACCCCAUCCGCUCCACCAUCCGGUUCAUCUACGGUUAUGACGGGAACGCCUUCUGAUUCCGCGACAGCAUCACCACCAGGGCCUACGGUCGAACCCUCUCAAAGCACUGGCAUCACAAACACUGGCACCCAACCAACCCAGUCUGGCAGCAUCCCUACCGACUCUUCUACCGAAGUGGGCAACCCAAGCACUCUCACCACCGCUCCCAACCCGACAAUCACAACUGGGCCAUCGUCCUCGAAAACUGAAGACCGCACGACAGUGACCACCGUGAUCACCACCAGCUACGUCACCAUCUGCCCAACCGGCUUCACCACUGUCACCAUCACAUACACCACAACCUACUGCCCCGAGACCGUCUCGCCGGCACCCACCCAAGGACCGUCCCCCGGAUCUCCCGCCCCUCCACCAGAAGACGGCUGGACAACAAUUGUCACCGUCUGCCCACAGUGCGCGCCGACACCCACCACCGUCACGCUCACUGUGCCCACGAGAUCCGCCUUCCUUCCUGCGCCGACCGAGGCGCUCCCCGUCGUCACCGUGCUCCCGGUGCCAGAGCCGCCGAUCAAGAACGUACAGCCUGGCGAUGACGAGGAGGGAGAAGCACCGGGUGUCACGGCGACCCCGACAACGGUUACGAAGACAUUGGCGUAUAAUAAUCCGGGACAGCCUAGUGGUCCUGCGCCGGUGGAGUCUGGUGUGGAAGCGCAGCCUACAGGUGGCAGUGGCGGUCCUGUGGAGUUUGAAGGUGGUGCGAUGAGUGUGAGAGGUUUUGACAAGAUGCUGGUGACGAUUGGGGUAGCAGUGUUGGGUUUGUAUUUGGGGCUUUGA